AGUUAUAUACAGAUGUACUAUACAGGAGAAAAUAAAUACGUUUGCAAUUUUUACAACUAUAUCCUUUCCUCGCAUCUUAUAGACUAUCGACCCGAUCUCUCUUCUUCUCACUCCCUCCCUCUCUCAUCCACCUCACGGCCCGCCUGAAUUUAUCUCAGUGGAUAUCAACUUAGAAUGGCUGGCAGAGCUCAUAUCCCCACUAAGAGCGCAGCACUCAUUGCCAUGAUUGCUGAUGAGGACACUGUAACUGGAUUUUUGCUGGCUGGAGUGGGUAACGUUGACUUGCGGAGAAAGACAAAUUAUCUUAUUGUUGAUUCAAAAACAACAGUGAAAGCAAUUGAAGAUGCAUUCAAAGAGUUUACAACAAAGGAGGAUAUUGCAAUUGUCUUGAUCAGCCAAUAUGUUGCAAACAUGAUAAGGUUUCUAGUUGAUAGCUACAAUAAGCCAGUUCCAGCUAUUUUGGAAAUCCCUUCCAAGGAUCAUCCCUAUGACCCUGCUCAUGAUUCAGUUCUUUCAAGAGUGAAGUACCUCUUCUCUAGUGAAUCUGUGGCAUCAGGAAGGCGUUGAUCAUCAAGUAUUUUCAUGUGUUUUGAUCAAUAAGUAUUGCAUUGCUUUUGAUACCAUGUAUGGUUUUUCCCUUGUUCACACCAACUGCUCUGUUACUGACCGACAGACGGUUGGUAUAUAUGUGUACGUAUUUUAGUUUCCUUUUGUGCGUAAACCAUCUGUAAAUCAUACCAAUGCAAAUUAAAUCUCAUUUUAUUUAAUAGGAAUAAAUCUCAUGUCAUUGUUGAUCUUGA